CCCCAGCCGGCUCACAACCUUGUCAGGAUCCCCAAGUCGGGGUCGACAACCCAGCUGGCUCGCCUGAGGACACUCCGUACUGGUGGUAAGCUUGGUCCGACAGUUACAGGCACGCGUGGCCUUGGGACUACAACGCCAACAGUUACACGCAUCCCAGUGACUGUCCGCAAACUACUUCCACCCAGUUCUCAGCAGCCCUCCGAACCAGCUCGAAAAAGGUUGUGUGUUUCACCAGGAACGACAUCGGCAGAUGAUGGAGUAGCAGAUGAAGCUCUGCCUUUCAGGUCCCUGCGAGUGAGGAACAAUUCAGAAUCUUCCGUUGGAUCUCAGGCAUCGACCAGCAUUGGAAUGAAGAGAAAGGCUUAUGAACUUGAUCCUUUGGAAGACCCAGAGAUGGAAAGAUGUCGCCGUAAUGCAGUAAAUGCCAAGCGGAACAGGGAACAAAAAAAGGCACAGCUGGCAGAGUUGGAGCGCACAGUGGAGAGCGUCAGCCGGGAACGCGACCAGCUGGCAGGGGAGAAUGAGAGUCUCAGGGAAGCUAAAAUGAAGCUUGAACAGCAAGUGAAGCAUCUAAGCAAUAUCCUCAAGAACCAAUCAAAGCUUUCUGAAGUGAUCAGCAAGUUGGGAAUGACAAGUGUUGUGCUAGGUGAAAUGACCACAAGUGCAGAAGAAGAAGUGGUCUCAAGUGCCAGCGGGAGGUGACUGGACUGGGCGGCAGCAGUUUCACGGAACAGGUGGGACGGGAUCCCCUGAUCCCUAAAAGGGACAGGGACCCAACCUAACCGCACCGUUUUAGCCCCCUGCCACCGUCCUCCCCUCUCUUGCACCAUCGCUGGCUACCAGCAGCUGCAAUCACCCUAAAGUUAAGUAUUGAUGGUGAGUGUGCUACGCUUAGCCAUGUAGAUUUGUCAAGCUUAAUAUUUUGUCAUUAUCAUUCUUUUAUAAUGAAUUCCUCCAGUGAUUACUUAAAUUGCCUUAUUGAAUAUAUAAAGGGCCUUUAAGGAGUCAUUGCACAGGCUUAUGGUGUGGACUGUUUGAGAAUGAAAUCCUAUUACACAUUUUUGUGUCUAGAACUGACAGUACUUCAUGUUUUAUAU